GGGCAACAGGCGGCAACCUACCACUGGACAGGGGCCUCGGCAACAGACGGCAACCUACCACUGGGCAGGGGCCUCGGGCAACAGAUGGCAACCUACCACUGGGCAGGGGCUUCGGGCAACAGGCGGCAACCUACCACUGGGCAGGAGCCUCGGGCAACAUGCGGCAACCUACCACUGGGCAGGGGCCUCGGGCAACAGACGGAAACCUACCACUGGGCAGGGGACUCGGGCAACAGACGUCAACCUACCACUGGGCAGGAGACUCAGGCAACAGACGGCAACCUACCACUGGGCAGGGGCUUUGGGCAACAGGCGGCGACCUACCACUGGGCAGGGGCCUCGGGCAACCACUGGGCAGGGGCCUCGGGGACUCAACGGGACUCUAGCUGUGGAGACUGGCCACAGCACAGCUCCCACCCAGCUUUCUAGGGUCAUUGGGUUCACAGGGACUCAACAGGUAGCGAUGGCUCAAGCACUCAGGGGCACCACAGGUAGCUAUACUCUGGGCAUGCCAUCAGGACACGGGUGGUCAGUGCACACACAGCGGGGCGGUUCGGAACACGGGUGGUCGGUGCACACAUCGGGACAGUUCAGAACAUGGGUGGUCGGUGCACACAACAGGAACAGUUCAGGAC